GUUCUGCCAGUUCAUCUGAUGCUCUCCACCCUCCGGCUACUUUAGUUUCAACACAGACAGUUGCAAAUCACAUUGCCCAGAGAGGGGACAUAGCCAAGAAGGGAUUGAGAGCAUCCACUGCCCCAGGAGGAAGCGAACGUUCCCAUUAGUCCAGGCUGUACUACGGUGAAUACCUUGGAGGUGUUUCCUGACUUCUUUGUGGUACACAACUUGCCCUUCUGCACGUGACAAUGGAACGAUCCACACAAGAGCUCUUCCUCAACUUCAUGAUCGUGUUGAUCACCGUGCUGUUGAUGUGGCUUCUGGUCAAGUCUUACAUAGAAUAAAAGGACUAUAUGAUGCUCCUCGUAUAUAUCUAAGUGAAUAUUUUCAGCCCCUUCAGUGAUGGAGAUGUCUUCUCAACACUGAAGGGGCUCCAUGAAUAAGUCUAUGGCACUUUGUACAUAACAUACAUGUUCAUCCAUGCUUAUCUUAGAACAAGUUGCUUUAUAGAAACACAAAAGAAACUACUGUCAACCUCUUAUCAUGAACAUGUAGAAUGAUUGAGAAGAUCAGCUAUACAGUGCUGGUACCACUACUAAUAUCUACUGUACAACAUAAUGUUCUCUUCUCCAUGAGCCAAGAUGGAAAUAAAUCAACUGAUACUGGGACACAAAACAUCUUUAUCUGAAUAAAACAAAAGUAAAAACUAA